AUGGACAGAAUGGAGGGAAAAAGUGGAGAGAUACCAGCGGAGUGGAAGAAGACGGUGGAGUGGCUGAAGGAGAUGGUGAAUAACACGUUCUGUGAACAAGAGAUAUACGCCAUGCUUAAUGAAUGUGAUAUGGAACCGAACGAAGCCGCUCAGAGACUUCUUUCCCAAGAUACGUUUCAUGUGGUGAAAAAAAAAAGGGAUAGAAGAAACGAGGAUGCUCAGGAAUCCAGAAAUCAAGAUAACUGCAGUUCUUCAUAUCGGGCAGCUAGAAAUGGCAAUGAUUGUAGUGUUGAACAUAGUUGGCCAAUGCAUAUGAGCUCCAAAGACACAAAGGAAAGUGCAUCACUUGUUCCUCAACUAUCUUCAUCUUCUACAUCUGUGGGAUGGAACAAUAUGACUCAGCAUAAUUACAUUCAAGAUGAUGUGACUGCCCGGACUCUCUAUGAUUCUGGUCUUGCUAAUAAUAAAAGAAGGGUAAGAAAAACAAAUCAUGCAACUUCUUCAUCUCUUCAACCUCCAGGAAUUCAGCCUGCUUGCUUUGGGGACCCAGUACAUGUUUCCAUGGUUGACAUUGUGAAGACGGUUAGGCUGCAUGGCAACGCUGCCAACCUGCCAACUUCAAUGCCAGAAGCUUCCUUUCUUCCCCUCGACACAGUUGCACCAAAGUUCUCUGGCAACUUUGUGAAGGAUCCCCCUUAUUCUACACCUUCUAGAGAAGAAUGCCAGCAAGUUUUGUGUUUUGAAAAUGUUUCUAAAACUGAAAUGACCUGUGACCCUGGCAAUAAUGCUCGCCAAAGUAGUAUGCGUGAUGAAUGCUCCCAGGUUCAGCCAGUGAUGGCUGCCAGUGAAGUAUAUGUUCCCGCAUCAGAAACCAAGAUGCAAUCUAACAGUGGUGAUGGAACUAAUUCGAGUUUUGGGCACCAGUUUCAUGAUAUCAAAGUAUCAAAGGUAAAUGUUGCCAUGGAAAAUAUCUCCACGAACUGCAUCAGACCUGUUUCUGCAUCCAACUGUCAGAUGAUAAUUGAGAGUGAUGGAAGUCCAUCUCAUUUCAGCUGUGACACAUGUCAGGAUCUCAGUUCUUAUGAUCCACACAUGCUUACCUUUGAGCAGGAGAAAGGUCUAGAUGGUGGUUCACAUUUAUUAUUCCAAAAGCACUCAGCUACUUCUAAAAAUGAGGUCAACAAAGCAGUGUCGCUGGCUGCUGCAAAUUUGCAGCAAUUAAACUUGCUGGAGGACCUAGGAGUGCCCCCUACAGAUGACGGCAAUGCAGUUGUAAUUCCUGAUGAUCUGAAAGUCCCAAACGCUGAUUGUUCACAUUUGACUUUCGGUACAUAUAGAUCUGGCAUUGGUCCUGCAUUUUCUGCAUCACUUCCAUCAAAUCCGCUGAGAAGUGGGUUGCAGGCAGGGUCUGUUUUGGCAACAAAUGGUACAUCAGUUGCACAUUUGGAUGUCAGAAAACAGGAAUACCAUGAUCUUGGUCAGCUAAUAUCUAUUUCAGAUGCUUAUAGAGCAGCUAUAAUUGCUGGAAAUUGUUCUGCACCUUCAUCUCCAGAGCUAGAGUUGUCAAAACCGAAUAACCUUGAAGCUGCUGAUGGACAUCUUCCCUCAUCUAGAUGCGAUUACAUUUCUGAGACCAGCCAACAGCCAAAUCUGACUCUACAUAAUUUACAGUCAAAUCAGGAGAUGGGAAAUAUUUUCCCCGUUCCAACUGGAAUGAAAGCCAAAUCAAAUUCUACACAUACUGAUCUCUUGGCAUCUGCUAUUCAUCCUAUAAGCAAGUAUGAUAUUCCGUAUUCAAGCUUAAUUGUGAAAGACCUGGUGCCUGCAAGACAGCGUGCAGUAUCGUCUGGCAGUAGUCCUACUGUUCUAAUGCCACAGGCGCUGGAAUCAGGCUUUACAUCUGUUCCUCAGCCAACUCUAUCAAAUUUGCCUCAGAGUGGCAUUGCCACAGGAGCUGCACUUACUCAGCACCCUACAAAGGACCCUUACUCUCGACCUUCUCUCUCUAUGGGGCAUGAUGCUGAUACGAUCGGCUGCCCUUCCCUGCCUCAGGGCUAUACAUACAUGACAUCUGCCCUUCAGCAGGAAUGCCAUGGUGGCAGUCCAAAAUAUAAGUCUCCAACAGCAGUACAGAACGGCAACAUGAAUUACAACAUCCCAAUGUGUGAAGGUCUGAGUAGCUUGCCUCAGUAUGCUGACAUCACGCCUGGUUAUGCUCGUUUUGCUAGAAGCUUUCAGCAGAAUCCAUCCACUAGCCCUGCAAGAGCCGCUAUGAGCUAUGAUGAUAUAUUAAGUCCCCAAUCCAAUAAUCAAAACGAUUAUAUCACUCCUCAAGAGAAUGAUUACUCUGUGAUGUGGGCAUAUGGGACUGGUUCAAGAUCACCGCCUCCCCUUCCAGGCAGUACACACAAUGGCUUUCAGGAGCACAAUCUACCAUUUGGGGAGUAUCAAAGAAGUCAGCAGGACUCAUUGGAAGGGAGCACACACAACAGCCUUCAGGAGCACAAUCUACCAUUUGGAGAGUAUCAUAGAAGUCUGCAGAACUAUGGCCUUCAGGAGCACAAUCUACCAUUUGGGGAGCAUCAAAGAAGUCAACAGAAUUCAUUGGCAGGCAGCACAUACAAUGGCUUUCAGGAGCACAAUUUAAGGUAUUGGGAGUAUCAAAGAAGUCAGCAGAACUAUGGCCCUCAGGUGCAGAAUCUACCAAUUGGGGAGUAUCAAAGAAGUCAGCAGAACUCAUUGGCAGGCAGUGCAGAUGACGGCCUUCAGGAGCACGAUCUACCAUUUGGGGAAUCUCAAAGAAGUCAGCAGAACUCAUUGGCAGGCAGCACUCACAACGGCCUUCAGGAGCACAAUCUACCAUUUGGGGCAUAUCAAAGAAGGCAGAACUCACUGCAAUUCGGAGCUUUGGGGUACACACAAUUUCCUCGUUCUCAGAUAGGCAUCACACGAGAACAGCAGCAGCAAAGCAGAAGCAACAACAUUCAGGGGCACAAUCAACCAUUUGGAGAGCACCGAAAAAGUCCGCAGAGCUCACAGCAAUUUGGAGCUUUAGAGAACCCACAAUUUUAUCCUUCUCAGACGGGCAUCCCACGAGAACAGCAACCGCACCAGCAGAAAAGCCAAUCUAAUGGGCUGUUUGAUGCAAGCAAGGGAAGGAUUGAACCGAUGGCUGGCGGUGCAGACCUUUCUUUCCCUCCUUUUGAGUCCGAAGGUAACAUGGAACAUAUGGCUCCAAAACAGCCAAAGGCAAUGCCAACACUUUCUUCAACAGCUGAGGGAGAAAUAAUUCGAAGGCCUCGUGGCCGGCCAGCAGGCUCCAAGAACAAGCCCAAGCCACCCAUUAUCAUCACCCGGGACAGCGCUAAUGCACUCCGUGCUCAUGCUAUGGAGGUGAGUUCUGGGUGUGAUGUGAACGAGAGCUUGGCUAACUUUGCUAGGAUGAAGCAACGCGGUAUUUGUGUGCUUAGUGCAACUGGUUGUGUUACAAAUGUCACGUUGCGCCAACCCUCCUCGUCUGGGGCCAUCGUUACCCUUCAUGGCCGGUUCGAGAUUCUUUCACUGCUUGGAUCAAUCUUGCCUCCACCAGCUCCUCCGGGGGUCACGGGCCUCACCAUCUACUUAGCAGGGGCUCAGGGGCAGGUUCUGGGUGGUGCAGUUGCUGGUGCACUGGUUGCUUCAGGCCCAGUGGUGAUCAUGGCUGCAACAUUCAUGAAUGCUACAUUCGAUCGUUUGCCAUUGGAUGAAGAUGAAAUUCUCGUUUCAGCGAUGCAUAAUCAGCAUUUCCAAAAUGGUCGUCAUCAUCAACAGGUUGAUUUCUCUGAUACUUAUGGAAUGCCACAAAACUUGCUCACCAAUGGUUCUUUGCCCCCGGAGGCAUAUUCUUGGGCACCAGGGCGGACACUGUCAAAGACCUAG